AUGGGGGCCGGAGUUGCUCAGAGGCGCCUGGCGAAUCAGGGGAGAUGUCCAGUCCUUAGGGGCAGUGUCUUUGGGUGGUUCCCCCCGGUGAGCCUAGCUCCAGAUGUCUGUCCCUUCCUGGCGUCCAACCUGACCCCAGCCAUCCCUGCGGUGGGCGGCAUCCUCUUCAUCUUCGUGAUGGGGAUGCUGUUCAGGGCAAGUUUCACCGACCCUGGCGUCCUGCCCCGAGCCACGCCGGAUGAGGCUGCCGACCUGGAGAGGCAAAUCGACUCAGCCGGCUGCUCCAGACCGCCUCCUCGCACCAGAGAGGUUCUGAUCAACGGACAGACGGUCAAACUGAAAUACUGCUUCACCUGUAAGAUCUUCAGACCGCCGCGAGCGUCGCACUGCAGCCUGUGUGACAACUGUGUCGAGCGUUUCGACCAUCACUGUCCGUGGGUCGGGAACUGUGUCGGACGGAGGAACUAUCGCUUCUUCUACCUGUUCAUCCUCUCGCUGUCCUUCCUCACCAUCUUCAUCUUCGCCUUCGUCAUCACACACGUCAUCAUCAGAUCGAACCGGACGGGUUUCCUGAGCGCGCUCAAAGACAGCCCGGCCAGCGUCCUGGAGGUGGUGGUGUGUUUCUUCUCUGUCUGGUCGAUCGUUGGUCUGUCGGGGUUCCACACGUAUCUCAUCAGCUCCAACCAGACCACCAACGAGGACAUUAAAGGGUCAUGGUCCACCAAGCGAGGGAAAGAUAACUACAACCCCUACAGCUACGGAAACAUCCUGACCAACUGCUGUGCUGCUCUGUGUGGACCUCUGCCUCCCAGUUUGAUUGACAGGAGAGGACUGAUCCAGGCUGACACCCCACAGACCAUCUCCCAGUCCUCCCAGUCCAACGGGACCAGCUACACCUCCACCCAGCUGCACAGUCACAUGUGUGAUCAGGAUCAGUGCAUCCAGAGCACCAAGUUUGUCCUCCAGGCUGCAGCCACCCCGCUGCUCCACAGUGACCCCGUCAUCCUGGCCCCUCUGCCAGGGAAGACCACCACACUGGGGGGUCCCUGCGCCUACCUCGCCCCCUCCCAGCCCUCCCUGCCAUCCUGCGGGGGGGACGUCCUGACCCUGAGGGACGCCGCCGUCGACUCCCACUGCCACCACCACCUCCACCAUCACCACCAUCACCACCACCACCACUUCGUCAGCCCGGAGGAGACGCCGUGCAGCACGCCGCAGGGUGCCCUGCCCUGCCCCGCCCACCUGCACCUGCACCCACACCCCCCUAUCCCCACCCCCGCUGCCCUGUACGACCUCGCCAGUCAGGACGCUCUGCACGAGGACUCUGUCAGAGGGCUGGUGAAACUCAGCUCCGUCUGAUUCAAACUGUUCGACCCAUAAAGAACCCUGUGACGGCUGUUGAUGAUGUCACUGCAGGAACCCUGUGACGGCUGUUGAUGAUGUCACUGCAGGAACCCUGUGACGGCUGUCGAUGAUGUCACUGCAGGAACCCUGUGACGGCUGUUGAUGAUGUCAGCGUGAAUUAAAAAAGAUAAAUGCCUUAUUUUAUAUUUGAUUUCAUUGAUGUUGAAUCUGUGAAGGAUCGUCCUGCAGAGACUCGGAGAAACUGAAAAUCGUCACUGACAUGUCAGUUUUUUAACUCGCUGCACUUCCAUGACGAUUCCUUGACAGGUGAUUAUGCCACACACCUGAGCGCUGCCUUGUGGGAAAUGUAGGCAGCUUUAAAGUCGUGGUGCAGCUGAAGGCGGUGGAGGUGAACUGUGGUGUUGACGGGACGGCCGGCGGCUGCAGGACUCUGAAUCACUCGCCAUGUUGUCUUCACUCAGCUGAUGAUGUAUCUUAGUAACAGGCGUUGUCAUCCAAUCAGUGUGGGAGACACGACGCUGCUGAUUGGACGUCAGCUUAUGAUAAUUGUGGUUUUGUGCUGAGAAUUUCUUUUCCAGCUGUUUCAUGAACAACUGUGGAUUUCAAUAAAACAUUUUAUUAAAAAAAGAAGUUU